CAAUAAAGUGCUUCUAAUAAAGCACUACCGUUCAAUUUCAAGCAAUAAAACCGCAGCCGUAUAAAUAGGUCCGAAAGGGAUUCUUUUGCAGUUACAACUUGAUUUAACACCUAAAAACAACCAAAAUCAUCACUAAGAAGAAAUUAACCCAAAAACGAAAAGCUAUGCUGAAGGAGAUAGCUUUAACAUUAUCCAUCGGUUUGGUUUUUGCUUUUGGAAGCGCCGAACCUAUCAGUAAAACCACUAGUGCUCACAGCGUUCACCCACCGACCAUAACAACACCGCUCGGUGAUGUUAAAGGCACUAUUUUAACAUCGAGAUUGGGGAAAACUAUCUAUUCAUUUAGAGGUUUAAGAUAUGCUAAAGCUCCAAUUAACGAAUUAAGAUUUCAGCCUCCAACACCAAUUGAAAAAUGGGACAGUAUCUUUAACGCAACUCAAGAUGGGGCUCCCUGUCCGCAAUCAAAUAUAGAACAAACUUCCGAAGAUUGCCUUUUCCUCAAUAUUUACACCACGAAACUCGUCAAAGGCAACGAUAACCCUAAAAGACCCGUCAUAGUUUUUCUUCAUGAUGGAAACUUCUACAGCUCGUCUAGUUCGAGCGCCGAAAUGGGACCACAAUAUCUUUUAGAUCAAGAAAUCGUUCUCGUCGUACCAAAUUAUCGAUUGGGAGCUUUGGGAUUUCUUAGUACGAGUGAAAAAGAGUUCCCCGGAAAUUACGGUUUGAAAGACCAGGUUCAAGUGUUGAAAUGGGUCAAAGAAAAUAUUGCCGCGUUUGGAGGAAACCCCGAAAGUGUUACGAUCGCGGGAUAUGGUGCUGGAGGGGUUUCAGUAUCGGUACAUUUAGUUUCACCCCUUUCGAAAGGAUUAUUUCACAAAGCGAUCGUUAUGAGCGGAUCUGUUUAUGGAAAUUGGCCCCUUGUUAAUAAUCAAAUGGAAUUGGCUAAAAAACAAGCUAAAUUGGUGAAUUGUCCUGUUGAUACUGUCAAAAAUAUGAUGCAGUGUAUUAAGACUAAAUCAGCUGACGAUUUGGUGAAAUCAACACCGGGAUUUAAGGAAUUAGGAGAUGAUCCUUUGUACUAUUGGUCACCUGUUAUUGAAGCUGAUUUUCUCCCGUCACAUCCGAUCGAAUUAAUUAAUAAAGGGGAGUUUAAUAAAGUUCCUGUUUUAGCUGGAGUUACAGCCGAUGAAUUCGGAGGGAGAGCUUAUACUUUAAUAGCAAAUGAAACGGCUUUAAAUGAACUCGCUAAAGAUUUUGAGAAAAAUUCUCCGAUUUCUUUUCAUUACGAGAAAAACCCCGAGGUUGCUAAAACUUUAAAAACAGUUUAUUUCGAGGAUAAACCGAUCGAUAAAUCCCAAAUUCCCGGUUUUGCCCAAUUAUACACCGAUUCCUUGGUGGGAUUUAACAUAAACAGAAUGAUGAAAGUUUUGGCAGAAAAGAACGACGAUUUAUUUUAUUAUCACUUUAAUUUUAAAGGGAAAUACAGUAACUGUUACUUACCAGAUAGUAACAACACAGUUCCUUACGGGGCUUCUCAUCAAGAUGAUCUCCUUUAUUUAUUUUCAAAUUCCAAUUUUGCUCAAUUUAAAGAAGGAGAGGUUGAGUUAUCGACCAUUGAGAAAAUGACCAAGUUGUGGGCUAAUUUUGCUAUUCAUGGAAACCCCAUUCAUGAACCAUGUGAAAAAUUAGAUAACGUAAAAUGGGAAAAAUUCAGUACAAAAAAUCAAAAAUUCAUGGAUAUAGGAAACAAAUUGGCGAUGAGUGAAAAUUUGCAUGAGAAAAGAUACAAAGAGUGGGAAAAAUUGUAUCCUCUAUCAAAGUAUAGUAACGCUCAAGUGGGUUAAAACGUUGUUACACUUAGUAGAUUAGUCACGUUUUUUUGUACUGUGUAUUUAAAGAUCGUAAAGAAAUAAAUUAUUUUAUCACAAACCUUA